UUAUAGUACAAACUAGUUAUGAUACUACAGUGAAAAGUUUUGUCAAUACAUUGUUCGCGUCGUUGUCUUCUUCGGAACAAAGAGCGGAACUCUUCCCUUUGUUGUGUUAAUAUUCAAAUAUUCAAUAUGGGUGCUAAGAUUUCGCUUCCUGAAACUAGGUGACGAUGGAAGAUGGUUUUUAUCAAAGUCCAAAGACAACGUCAAUACAAAGAAAGUCCAAGAAAUGUUUUGCUCACAUUAGUCCGGAGAAGCUAACAUUUUCCGGCAACUUCACAUUAGACCACAGACUGUUUGACAUUCAGGGUACAGGAAAACGAGCCAGUAUGAGACGAGACAUACUCAACACCGUUAUUAAGAGGACUGAGUCGAAGCUAUUGGAGGGCACUGAUGAGGUUCCUUGUAAGCUGGUUGAUGAGAACCCUUUGUAUGAAGAUCCUCGGGAUGUUAUUGCUGCCGAGAAGCCUCCGAAGCCUCCACGGAAGCGCAACAUACAAGCGGUAGCAAUAACCUCUCCCCGACCGAGUCGGGAGAGCAAGUCGCUCCUCAGAGAACAGAAGAGGAAACUAUCCAAGAAGUACGAGGGGCUCAUCACUACUCUUAUUAGUAGGUGCGAGGAGAGCGUCGUCACGAUAUCCGAAAAGGACGCCUACAUUUUAAAGCUAAAAGACAAACUGAAGGCAGUCCUCGAAUACAACAAACUAUUCGCGGACGAGAACGAUCAGCUGAAGACCCAGUACUCAACCCUCGUGCAGUAUGUGGAGGAGUGCAAGACGGCGCUCAAGGGGGAGAGAGAGAGGAACAGCGAGCUGGAGGCUAGGUGCAAGGAGCUCGGCGAUAGGGUCAAGCAGUUGGAUGUGCCUGAUAAAGAUCGUGUGGAAACAGCGAUCCCACUAGUGGAAGUGUGCAUGAGCUGCAGUAGCCGGCAGAUCCUGCUGACGCAGGCUCGCGAGCACUCGCACAGGAUGCAGAGAGACAUGCAAGCACUCAAGGAUGUGCUCUACAGAUUAAAUGUCCAGCUGUCGAGAUACCAGGAGAAACUCCGGACCAACAUACAAAAUCUGGCGACAGAUAACAAAGCUGAUAAAUUCGACCUAGACUCCCUCAUCACCACCAGCCUCGGGUACAGAGGACCAGAAGUUGGCAACACUGACGAUGCUCAAUCGAAGAGCGGGACGGAAGAUCAACCGCAAACCUGUAGGGUCGUCGAUCUUUCUGGACUAUUGAGUGCUCAGGCUUUAGCACCUCUUUUCGACGCAUAUCAAGAAAAUCUACAAGAGAAGGACACGCUCAUUCUUGACUACGAGAAACAAUUCGAAAACAUCAACAAGAAAUCUAAACAGAUCGUGUCCAAAAACAAAAGCUUGCUCGAAAAGGUGACAGCCCUAGAAUCGGAGCUGGCGCAAGUGAGACAGAGCUACAAGAAGCUAGGGGUGGAGAAAGAGACGGGUGAUAUCGAGAGAGCUACGUUGUUGGAGAGAGCUGAAAGGGCGGAGUCCAAAUUGAAAGAGGUUUACGAGUUAUAUGAAGAUAAGAUGGCCGCCAUGAUGCGCGACUACGAGACGGUCCACCGCGAGUACUUCACGCUGAAGCACGCGCUGGAGGCGUCGGACAGCAAGAUGGCGGCGCUGGACGCGCUGCGCGCGCGCACCGUGCCCGCCGACCUGCACGAGCGCCGCCUCGAACACUGCAAGCGGUUGUUAGAAGAGCUGAAACACCAGUACGGCAUGGAGAACGAGCGCAAAACCGAGCAAGUGGCCAAGUUGCAGCAACAGUUGCGCGCCGCCGAGGAGCGUUGCAGCAACGCGGAGAAAGACCUGCUCACUGCCAAGGAGGAGUUGACUGCGGCGCUUAAGAAUGUUAGGCUAUAUCGCAAAGCGGCGGUGAUAUUCCGUCAUCGCAUGCGCAGCGCGGCGGCGCGCGCCAUUAAGGCCAAGCGCUCCGUCAGUUCGCAACACGCCGAGCCGCUCAGGAGAGCUCUGGACACGCUGGAACGGAUCAAGAGAGAGAUAAAGGAAGUGAAAUCCCGCGCCCACUCGUCCCUCGAAGAGCUAGAGCGUCGCAUAGUGGAGCAGGAGCGGCGCGCGAGCUCCGCCCAGCUCGAGUACCGGCGCGAGCUGGAGCGCGCUAAUCUCGCGCUGGAGCACAAGGAGGGCAUCAUACGGAGCCUCAUAGACAAGGUGGCCGACGUCGAGGAGGUCAGGCUGAGUCAAACGAACGCGCACCGACUGCAGGGCAUCGUGUCGGACUCGUCUUCUGAGCGGACCGCGUCCGACCGACCGGAUCGGACCGGCGUUAAGCUCGUGCCCGGCCCGGGCGGGUACUUUCAAGAGGAUCGGGGGAAAAAGAAGGGCAAAGGAUAAGGACAGAUAGAUGAUUGGG